GUUUAUUAACAGAAAAUAACCGUGUCGUGUGUCAAAUACUAUAAUUAUUUCAUGUGUAUUAUUUUAUUGUAUGUGAUACAACGAUGUACUUAGGCAUUUUAUUUAUUACAUUUACUUGCUUUAUUCAAACUCUACAUACAGAACGAAAUAUUCCUAUUGUGAUAACGACUUGGAACUUUACAAAUGCCACUAUAAAAGCAUGGGAAGUGUUAAAAGAAGGCGGAGUAGCAUUGGAUGCAAUUGAGCAGGGAGCAGCGAUCUGCGAAGAGCAACAGUGCGAUGGCACAGUUGGCUACGGUGGUAGCCCUGAUGAAAAUUCCGAGACUACUUUGGAUGCCCUUAUAAUGGACGGGAGAACAAUGAAUGUUGGAGCUGUUGGAUCUUUGCGGGGUAUUAAGAAUGCUAUAUCAGUGGCUCGACAUGUUUUAGAACACACAAAGCAUUCCUUCCUAGUUGGGGAACUGGCUACUCAAUUUGCCGUCCAAAUGGGCUUCCAUAAAGAAAGUCUGGUUACUCCUGAAUCUAAGGCAAUGUGGAAAAAAUGGUUUAACGAGGACCAUUGUCAACCCAAUUUUUGGCUGAAUGUCAAACCAGAUCCAAGACAGUCAUGUGGUCCUUACAGCAAACUUGAAGAUAAAAACUUUGAAGUGGAUGCUAAAGGUCAUAUCAAUGUAGACAGGUUCAAUCAUGACACGAUUGGCAUGGUAGCCAUCGAUACCAAUGGAGAUAUUGCUGCUGGUACUUCAACAAAUGGAGCUAAAUUUAAAAUACCAGGGAGGAUUGGUGAUUCACCUAUACCUGGAUCCGGCGCUUAUGCAGAAAAUGCUGUAGGUGGGGCUGCUGCUACAGGUGAUGGUGAUGUAAUGCUUCGGUUUCUGCCUAGCUUUUUAGCAGUGGAGGAGAUGCGCCAUGGGUCUUCACCAGACGUGGCAGCGCGGGUGGCAGUUGAAAGAAUAUCGGGCUACUAUCCAGAUUUCAUGGGAGCUGUUGUAGCUUUAUCAAAAGAUGGGAAGCACGGUGCUGCGUGUCAUGGUAUCACCUCCUUCCCUUACGUUGUUUAUGAUAAGAGUCAAGAAACUUAUACUGUUAUCAAAGUAGACUGUUCGUGAUAUGACAAUGAAUCAUGUAAAAUAGUAUAAAUAAUAAAUAUAUGACGUUGUAUUAUACUGAA